AAAAAAUAAAAAUAAAAACACAAUCUUCGGAGAUGUCGGGCGAGGGAGGAAAGUCAACAGCAAGAAGCUUCCUUCCCAUAUGCAUCCAAAUCCACUGAGUUCGCACGAAUUCACAGAUAAAUCGCGUCUCUCGGAUCGAAAAUCCGCCCAAGUUCGAUUCUUGAUCGCACCCAACAAGGAAACAGCUCACCACCUCCCCCAAUUUCAGCUCCUUGAUCGUCUUCUCCAUUGAAGAACAGAGCCAGCAACCUCGAGCACUUGGGUCUUCGCAGGGGGGCAAUUCAAAUCUCUCGCUGUAUGUUGGGAAGUUCUCCUUCCCCAAUUCGUUCCCCUCGGUAGAUACCCUUUAUCGAUCCCACAAAGAACCCCAUGUCUCUUCUGAACCAGCUGUUCAACAGGGGCGUCUUCGGCGCAAAAUGCAAGACAAGCUUGACAUUGGCAAUCUCGCGGAUCAAGUUGCUCCAGAACAAGAGGGACUUGCAGCUCAAGCUCAUGCGCAAAGAAAUAGCCCAAUUUUUGCAGGCUGGGCAAGAACCAAUUGCUCGCAUCCGGGUGGAGCAUGUUAUACGGGAACAAAAUAUAAUGGCUGCAUAUGCCAUAUUGGAGCUGUUUUGUGAGUUUGUUCAUGCUCGGAUCCCUAUAAUCGAAAGUCAGAGAGAGUGUCCGAUUGAUUUGCGUGAAGCCAUUGCAAGCAUCAUUUUUGCGGCUCCAAGAUGUUCAGAUGUGCCAGAUUUGCUGCAGAUCAAGAAUCUGUUCACUACUAAGUAUGGGAAGGAGUUCGUCUUAGCAGCUGCUGAACUUCGUCCUGAAUCCGGAGUCAAUCGUGAAUUAAUUGAAAAGCUCAGUAUUUGUGCUCCUCCAGUCAAGACAAGACUCAAAGUCUUAAAGGACAUUGCCCAAGAACAUAAUUUGGAAUGGGAUUCUUCUAAUACUGAAGCAGAGUUGACUAAGAAGCAUGAAGAUCUCCUGGCGGGAUCUAAGCAAACUUACAAUGCAGCAGCGCCGGCACAAGCCCCCACCAAGCACGUCUCUUUCCAGUUACCUUCUUCUAAUGGGACGCAUGAUAUAACUCCAGCAGAGAGUAACAAAGAACACGCACGCCUUGAAGUGCCUGUGACUGCUAGUAAGACAUCCUCACACAGCACAAAUGAGAUCGAAACAUCUCAGAAGAGUCGAGAUGCUGGAACACUGACUGAUUCAAAGUUUGAGACAAGGCCACAAUCAUCUGAAAUUCUGGAAAUAGCUCGAGCUGCCAUUGCUUCUGCGGAGCGCGCAUCUGCCGCUGCACGUGCAGCUGCCGAGCUGGCGAAAAUCCAGUACGGGACGCAGAAGAGUUAGGACAGGAGGUCCUCCUAGUAUCCGAACAUGAUGAGGUUGAACGCAUUGUCUAAACAGGGUCAAAUUCUUCCAUAAAGAAGCGAGACAGAUGUAAGUAAUGGCCAUUUUAGGUGUGAAGACGUCCUGGCGAGUGCAUGAUGCUGACCAUCUCCAAAAGGGUUAAGCAGUUGAGAAGGUAAAUGCAUCUUCUUCUCCUCGAAAAACUGUUAAAUGUGUUGAAGCUGACUAUAAAGAAUUCUAGAAGCAAAUGUUUUGUGCUCAGGGUCUUUUACAGAAACGAUCAUUUGUUUGUAAAUUCUAUGAGUGUGCUCUUUGGCAACAAUCUUGUGAUACGGUCGUUAUGAAGCUUGAGAUAAACAAGAGCAUUGAUGCUUCUCAAGCUACAAGUUCAGUGUGCGGAAGCUUCUUGUAUAGGGGGCAAGUUUAUAAACAGUUUGAGUACAUUAUGAGGAGUUGAAAUCUUAUAAAUGACCUACGAUCAUCUACUGUA